UAUAGUGAAUGAAGGGUCCAGGGAGACCAGAUAUAGUGAAUGCAGGGUCCGGGAGACCAGAUAUAGUGAAUGCAGGGUCCUGGGAGAUCAGAUAUAGUGAAUGCAGGGUCCGGGGAGACCAGAUAUAGUGAAUGCAGGGUCCUGGGAGAUCAGAUAUAGUGAAUGCAGGGUCCGGGGAGACCAGAUAUAGUGAAUGCAGGGGUCCGGGGAGACUAGAUAUAGUGAAUGCAGGGUCCAGGGAGACCAGAUAUAGUGAAUGCAGAGUCCAGGGAGACCAGAUAUAGUGAAUGCAGGGUCCGGGGAGACUAGAUAUAGUGAAUGCAGGGUCCAGGGAGACCAGAUAUAGUGAAUGCAGGGUCCGGGGAGACCAGAUAUAGUGAAU